AUGGUCGGCCAAGCACCGCAGCAAAAAGACCAUGACCGUUUCGGGCUCAUCACCAAAGAUUUCGCUACUCUUUUUGGCCUACGAGAAGUACGUCUCCUAAGCGUGCUGCCGUCAGAACGAGAUGAGAAUUUCCUGUCGAUGGUGACACCACAUACUUCUGGCGAUGAAAUACAAGUCGUUGUUAAAAUAUUCGAGGCUGACAUUGAUGCCAUCACGUUGAGGUUGCGUUUGCGAGGCUUAUCGGCAGUCUCGAAGGACCACGCUGGUCUCGUCCAGACCAUAAUUCCUCCUUUGCCGGGCAAGGGCGACUACUGCGUCGAGAUCGAUGGUCGCUUCGUUGCCGUGGUUGAAUUCCUCCCGGGCCAGCCUCUCGCUGACUACUGUCGCUCUAACAAAGUGGCUGUUGAUCUGUUGAAGUCUAUCGGACGGGCAGUGGGGGUCAUUGGCACGUGCUUGGACCGGGAGUUUCUAGAGAUUCCGCGCGAGCUUGAUCUCCCUGAUUUCACAUGGGAUAUCAGAAACUACUCUAAAGUUGUCGCCGCGAAUGCGCAUCUCAUUGCCGAUGAAGAACUACGGAAAAUAGUCAUAUCGCAGACAGAGGCAGCAAGCGGGGCUCUCCGUGGAUUGGAACUCCCUUGCCAAGUCUGCCAAAAUGAUGCCAAUGAAUACAACAUCAUCAUAAGCGAACUCGAGGGAGAAAGAAGAUCAGUCGGAAUUUUGGACUUCGGUGACCUGUGUCUCACUUACCGUGUGGCAGACAUUGCUAUAUGUCUGGCCUACCUUUGGCUGGUCUUGGUAGACCAAUGGCAACCGGCUGAGCUUGCUCAAGCGGUGAUGUCUGGUUUCAAGUCGGAAUUACAUUUGACAGAUGAUGAAAAGAAGGCUUUGAUCCCUCUCGCGAUUGCCCGAAUAUGCGUAUCUAUCUCUGUGGGGGCAAGGAACAUCGCUCAGCAGCCGGAGAACACAUAUCACCGAGUCUCCCAAGCCAAUGCUAUCAAGUUGAUGAAGUCGACUUGGCUUGAUGUUAUUUGGCGCAUGCAAUAA